GUGGAAUUAUUAUUUUCUGAAAGAAAAAAGGAAGAGAAAAGAAAAAUGGAGUGUCCAAAGGAGCUUUCUAUGUACUGAACUUCAACUGAAAAUCAAUUCGAUUAAAACUGAAAACAAAAAAAAUUAUAAACACUCUCUUUCAUUUUCAUAAUUAAAAAGGUAACUAUUAUUUAGUUUUGCUUUCAAAAUCAGAUCUUCGUUCUUCUCUUGCUUUAUCUAUCUCUGAUCGUUUAAACCCUAGAGGAGUUUGUUCGAAAUUCUUGCUCUGUAGACUAUAAUUACCUAAAUCUUGAACUCAACGAUUUAUAGACUCUGAAAUGGUGGUCUGCAAAUGCCGUAAGGCUACAAAAUUAUAUUGUUUCGUGCACAAGGUCCCUGUUUGUGGUGAAUGUAUCUGCUUCACGGAGCAUCAGAUAUGCGUGGUUCGUACCUACUCUGAGUGGGUAAUUGAUGGAGAGUAUGAUUGGCCUCCAAAAUGUUGCUCAUGCCAAGCUGUUCUUGAAGAGGGGCAUGGUUCUCAAACCACUCGAUUGGGUUGCCUGCAUGUAAUACACACAAAUUGUUUGGUUUCCCAUAUCAAGAGCUUUCCUCCGCAUACUGCACCAGCUGGAUACGUGUGUCCUUCAUGUUCCACAUCGAUGUGGCCUCCCAAAAGUGUGAAAGAUUCAGGAUCUCGUCUUCAUUCAAAGCUAAAGGAAGCUAUCAUGCAGACUGGUUUGGAAAAGAACUUGUUUGGAAAUCAUCCAGUUUCUUUGCCAGCACCACCUCCUGCAUUUGCUUCGGAUCCACUGGUUGCCAUUUCCUCAUCACCUUUGCUGACAAAAGAUGAAAUAAUAUCUGAAGAAUAUUCAUCUGCAACUGGAACAGGGCCUCCUAAAAUUUCAGUGGCAGAUAUUGUGGAGAUUGAUAAUGCCAGUUCAGCAGGGAAUUAUUUGAAAAACUCAAGUCCAGCUGGUCCCGGUGCUACAACACGAAAGGGUGGCAUUCAUGUUGACAGGCAAAAUUCUGAAAUUUCAUACUAUGCAGAUGAUGAAGAUGGAAAUCGUAAAAAGUACAGUCGAAGAGGUCCAUUCCGCCAUAAGUUCCUUAGAGCAUUGCUUCCAUUCUGGUCAAGUGCAUUACCAACUUUACCCGUAAGUGCACCUCUACGUACAGAUGAUGUCCCAGAAGGCCGUGUGAGGCAUCAAAGACCAUCAAGAAUGGAUCCAAGAAAAAUACUUCUCUUUAUAGCAAUCAUGGCCUGUAUGGCAACAAUGGGUAUACUGUAUUACAGAAUCGCUCAACGAGGUUUUGGGGAAGAACAGCCGGAUGACGAGCAGCAGUAAUUCUGUUAAUGAUGGAAUCCUCCGACCAUCAAUUACACCAUUAUAUACCAAUGGUGCUUUUGCUUGUGCGGCUGCUUCUCUUGUAUUGGUAUUCCCAUGUGUGCACCAGUUGUUUCUUAUGUGAAAUGUACAAGAAGGGGGAAUGGAAGAGAAUUUUAUUUCCACUGUCAAUGGCAGUAAAAAUGUUGCAUGCUCUAUCUUGACCCAUACUCCUUUUAGGCUGUUUCCAUUUUUUUGUCCUUUUGGAAUGGAAUUGGAGAAUUAGGUUAAAAGGAAAGAUGUUUUUGAUUAAAGUUCGCUUUUUUUCUGUAAUUAUUUGUUCAUUCAGUCAAUAAAUGUUGCAAAAAGAAGCUGAGCAGUUCA